GAUUUUUCCACUAUUACACUGUUUUAACAGCGAGGGGUCAACACGGCAGCAUAACGUCGGAUCGUGCAUUGCACAUGGGAGAGAAGGGGUGAGGACCAUGGCUAAGCAUUGUCGUGCUUCGUUUGAAGAACCACCAGCACCUGACUGAAGCCAUGAGUGAAAUGUCUGACCUACUGUAGUCAAAAAUGGGCAACUGUCAAAUAGCCAGUACUGCCUGUCAAGAUGGACUGCACAUUCUGGAAAUGAUGCUAUUCCUUAGUGAUGGGGAGCCAUCUGCAUUUCGCUGCAAGCACCCACCUGCCCAGGUACAGGCAAUAUGUGGCCCACCCGGUUACAGUCAGCACACACCCAGAAUGUGCUCAGCAGUGGCAGGAGGUGGGAGGUGUCAUGGUCACCUGUUGAAACAGACCGACUACAUUACCCAUGAUCACCAGGGUCGAGGAGACCCCAGGGAGAUGAUUGGCAGCCGAAGCUGAGACAUAACACAACUGUGAAUCAAUAACUUGGUGCUACUCUAAAAGCUAACAGGCUUUGGAGUUCCUGGUGCUUAAGACAGAGGAGACGGACAGUACAGAUAUUCUCAGUGUUGGAGUGAGGCCCUCUCUCUGCUGCAGUGGAGGGCUUCACAGAUACAGCUAGUCUGGCUGGAUGCAUCACGCAGUAGAGCAGUUUGGCGGGCGUGGCACACGGGAUUCCUUCCCUCUGGACGGACUCAACCGGGGACCAUGGGCUCCUGUGGGCGGCCGCGCCUGGCAGCCAUCUGCCAGGUGUUUGCCUGGAAUGAACCAACACCAGCUCCUUUCCCAUCUACCUCCUGGUCCAAUGGGCGGACAGAACCAUCCCAGUAAAUUCUUCAGUAAUGGACCGAUGCGAGGAGGUGAGAAGCUUGAGCUCCCACAGCCAAUGUUACCAGGUCUGCAGAGGGAGCAGCAGAGACCUCCUCCUCAUCAUCAUCUUCACCCUCCACCUCCACACAGAGCAUGGGAGCAACUAGGUCAGCUGUAUGAAUCCCAUCUCCCUCCUCAAGGACAUCCUAGUGCGCCACUGCCCAAUGAGCACUCACUUCGUCUCCAUAAUGGUGGCUAUGCAGGAAGUGGCGGCCCUCCCCCCAACCCCCAUCUUCCCCCCAGUAGACCAAACCAACUGCUGAAGUAUGGGGGUCCCCAAGAGCAGCAUGUUCCCCGGGGUCCACCACUGCUGGGAGAUGAGAUGUGGGCUCAGGUGCAUCAGCAGAGGGGCUACCAAGGGAAGAUGCUAGGGGGUCAGCUGAAGAGACCAGGCCCUCCACUGGGAGAGCACUCAGUUAUCCAGCACACUCCUCCAUCAUCCAUGCAUCCGUCCUCCCGCCCAGCUGUAGAGGACUGUCCGAGCCCCAGCAAGAGAAAAAAGAGUUCAGAUCAGGUAUCCCAUCCUGGUAUGCAGCGUUUCCUUGGCCAGUCUUUGCAGUCUCAACACCAGUCAUCAGUGCACCACCUUCCUCCAAAAGCUGCCUUCUGGAACCCUCUUCACAAGAACAGCACUCCUUGGCAGUCACAGACUUCUGACCGCAAGAACCCACAAUCGCAGGAGUUCCAGCUCCGAACAGAAUCCAACAAACAAGGAAUUGGUAGCUAUGGCCAAAAGUCCUCUUCUGCCUCCUCCAACCCUUCAAACAUCUCACCUCCACCAAACUCCUCCCCGGGAAGCUACAACCAGGGAUGUGCUCCUAAGCUCCAGAAAGAUGCAUUCCAACCUCAGGCUGUAAACCAGCAGUCUCCACCCUCGCCCUACCCCACCCCAAGCUCCAAACUAGGUCUAGCUCCACCCUGCCAGGCUAUGGAGCCUCGUGGUCCUCACAACCAGAGAGGCCCUCAUUUUAGGGUCCAAGGUGGCAGCCAAGCUACCUCUCACACGGCAUCAACCCCAACCAGGGGAGACCGAGAUCAACACCUACAUGCCCACUCGUCACCAGCAAACCCUCCUGCAACCAGCAACAGCAGCAGUGUGCCUUACAGCCACUUCCAGCCUCAUCCAGGGCUGGGGCACAAGGGUCCCCCUCCUCCUCCACCUCCUCCUGCCAGCAGCACCUCAGUACCUCAGCAUUUGCAAAGUGGGCCCCAUGAUGCAUGGAGAUACCAGAGCAGGCCCAGCAGUCUCUCUGCAGAGUCGGGCAUCUACAGGCCUCCAGGACUGCUACCUCAGGGCCAGCAGAGCCACAAUCAGGUUGUUGAUAGUCGGGUUCCUGGUCCUUCCCAGCAUCACCAUCAUGUCAGCCCUCCUCUGCUCCCAACCAACUCCACUCGAACACCUGUCAUCACUGCCAAUCUUCCCAUGUCCCAGGCCCAUUGCUCCAUCAGUGGCUAUAGCAACAACAGGAGCUCUAAUGGUGUAACUAUGGCUUGUGUGUCCACGGUGACCACAUCACCCCCUUCUGGCUGCUUGGUGAACAGUGGCAGCAGUAAUAGCAGUUGGCAGAGAGGAAGAGAGCCUGCACCCCAAACCUCCACCCGUGGUGUCACUAGUCCCAACUCUCAGCUGGAUGCUCUGCUGCAGCAAGGAUGUCAUAGAGGCCAAACUUCCUCUGCCAACCAGCUUCACCAGCAGGGGAUGCCUAGACCACUACGACAGGAACCCACCAAGUCCCGCCCUAUGAAGGGGAAGACGCCAUGCUAUGCUCAGGCUGAAAUGGAGCAAUCUCCUGCAUUUUCCUCAUCAUCUUCUUUGUUCUCCUCACGGCACCAGAGAGUAGGGGACAGUGUGAUUACAAGUAGAGUCUCAAAUCCUCUUCCUGGUCCUCCUAUUAAAUACCAAUCAGCUCCACGCUCCACUGCCAAUACUGCACCUCAGUCAUCCAAUCCAGCCCUCUCCUCCAGACUCGGUCACCCAGAAUUUGCCUCGACACAGGUGUACUCUCAGCCCCAGAUUCGCCCACCAGCUCCGACCCCUGUCCCACAGUCCAUCGAAGAGGCUCUGGACAAGCUUGAUGCAGAGCUAGAGGGUCACAUGCAAGCUGAAGAAAGGAGAAAAAGGGAAAGAGAGGAGCAAGAGAGAAAAAUUAGAGAAGAGGAGAGUCGAAAAAAAGAAUGGGAGAUGAGACAAAAGCUGAACGAGGAGAGGAAAAGGAAGGAGCUGGAGGAGGAGAGGAAGAAGAGAGAACUGGAUAGACAAGAGGAGGAGAGGAGAAGGAGAGAAUGGGAGAGGCAGGAGCAGGAGAGAAAGAGGAGGCAAGAAGAGGAAAGGAGGAGGAGAGAAACAGAGAGGCUGGAGGAGGAGAAGAAAAGGAGAGAAUGGGAGAGGCAGGAGGAGGAGAGGAAAAAGAGAGAACGGGAGAAGAAGGAGCAGGAAAGGAAGAGGAGAGAGUGGGAGAGGAAAGAGGAGGAGAGGAAGAAGAGAGACGCAGAGAGGCAGGAGCAGGAAAUAAAGAAGAGGGAACUGGAAAGGCGGGAAGAAGAAAAGAAAAAACAAGAGUUGGAUAGAAAAGAGGAGGAGAAAAGAAGAAUGGAGCAGAAGAGGGAGAAGGAACUAUGCAGUGAAAAAGGGAAAGAGCAGACCGCUAUUGAAAAUCUGGAGAGACUGCUCUCCUGCAACACUUCCCCAACACCCCCACCCCCUCGCCUCUCUUCUGUUACUGCACCAUCUCCAGGUCCAUUGCCCCCCAGCUCCCAGGCUUCACCCCCUUACCCCUGGCUAAGCCGUGGUGGCGUACUCCCCUGUCCACCAGGCCAGACGCCCACCACCACUACUCCUGUAGAAAGGCUGCGGCCGCCCCCUCUUACACCUCAGACUGAGUAUGCCAGAGAAAAGCAGAGGCAGAGGGAGAUGUGGAGCAACAAUGGCGGAACGACAUUCAGCCCCUCAUCAACACACAAUACCUCAGGGAUGAACCAGUCGGUAUACCCCAACAAACCCCCGGCAAUGCAAGCCGCACCCAACCUAUCCAAAGACUCAGCCAGGGAGAGGGACAGCAGCAAACACUCUCUCCCUACCUUGGCACUUAGAGAGCCCCCCAAACUGUAUCAGGCUUUUCCCAGAGAAAACCCAACACCACCAUUAUCCUCCACCUCCAGCUCUAUGAGGGGAAUCCUAAACCAGCAGAUGAUGGGAAGUAGUUUGGAAAAUGCCAGCAGCUGUGCUGCUGAAUCUGCCCAAUUUGAGGAAGAGCCCUCUGAGUUGUCCACACUGCUCCCCGAUGGUCUGGCUAACAUUAUGGCUAUGCUGGAUGAAUCUAUCAAAAAUGAAGAGGAGAGGUAUAACAGUGAAAAGGCUGGGUCCACAGGUCUCCUAGACAACUUUACUCCCUGUGUCCAGCCUAUCAAGAGCUACCUGAGUGCCCCAGACCUCAUUCCAAUGAAGCAUCAGCCCAACCAGGAAGACUUUGGAUCCAAUCCGCACGCUAGCCCUCCUGUGCUCAGUCGCCAAGGCUCUCUGGCAUCCCCUUGCAGCCGAACAUCAUCUCUCAAUGAGGAGGAUGAGGAUUACUUUAAACCUUCUCAAAAUGUCCCUCUGAACCCCAAGCGGUCAAUGGACAUGGGAGUGGGGAACACAAAUUACCGUCACAGCGACUUGGCUAAACUUUAUGGCCUCCCCGAGCAGACUAAAAGUGAGGUUGAUGAGGAGGAAGAUGAGGAGGACUCUGAGACACCAUCUUGUUCUCCGCCACCCCAAAGACCCCACCUCCACCAAACAGGCGUAAACAACAAGUCCCUAGCAACAGUCCUAGAGAACCAGAAGUAUGCCUACCGCGGUGGGCCUUUUGGGAGACCCCCUCCAUCAGCUCUGCUUGGGGUCAAAUAUUCCUCGUCACUGUCACUGGGCCCCGAUAUCUGCCGCCAGCAGCAAGGCAGUUCUCCAACGUCAGAUUCAACCAAUCCCCCAUUUAGUCCAGCUUUCCCAUCCCUAAAGUCCUCCUCUCCUCCUCUGCUAGAUGACAAAAAACUCAAAAUAGAGGACGCUCAUGUCUGGAGAAAUGAUGGAGAGACAAUAGAGGACAGAAAUACCUCCAUCAAAAAGGAGAGUAUUUCUACCCUAAACCCCAUUAAGUUGGUCAAAGAGGAGGAGCUGUUGACGACCAUCUCUGAGUCUUCUCUGGCAGAAUUGGGCAAAAGCUGCGAGGUCAUGCUUAGUCGACAGUCAUGUCCUAGCAAAAACUCCCUUGAUGAACCUGAUGACCAUGUCAAAGUGAAAGACAGACACAAACCUGAGAAAGUAAAGGAACACAGAGAGAAAGACAGGCACAGGGAUAGAGAGAGGGAGAAGGAUAAGAAGAAGAAGCAUGGUCACAGCAGCAGGAAGCAUGAAGACAGGAAAGAAAAGAAGAAGCAUAAAGAAAAGAGAGAGGAAAUGAUGUUCUGCUCCUCCUCAUCAUCUUCUUCCACUCAUUCCAGUUCCAGCCACAAGCGGCACAAGGAAAAGAAAGAUCGCAGAAUUCUUGGUGACCUCAACCUCCAGUGCAAGGAGGUGUCUGAGAAGAAUCGGAGUCAUUAUGAUGCAGAAAAAAUGAAACAUAAGGAAGAAUCGGGUGCCAGCUCCAUCAGUGAAGGAGAGCAAGCAGAAUGGACCUCGAGAAGUUCAGGAGAAAGAUCUUCUGAGGACAAAAAAGACUCUGAAUCUGGUUCUUCGCUGGGUUCAACGGACUUCUUGAAACUGAAAGCGCUGUCAGAUGGGCCACCCAAAGAGCUGAAGAUUCGCCUGAUCAAAGUUGAGAGCGGGGACAGGGAGACAUUCAUUGCCUCCGAGGUGGAGGAAAAGAGGAUCCCACUGGUUGAAAUCACCAUUAAGAACAGUGCCAGUGAAAUCAUCAGGUCCUGCAAGGGGGCCAGAGUCAAAGAGAAGUUCAGAGAAUCUUACUUGCUCCCAGCCUUCUCUGUCAAGCCCAUCAUGACCUCAGAUGAACCCAUUCCCAGAGAGAAACUCAACCCUCCGACACCCAGCAUCUAUUUGGAGAGUAAGAGGGAUGCCUUCUCCCCUGUGCUGCUGCAGUUUUGUACUGACCCCAAGAAUCCUGUUACUGUCAUCAGAGGCCUGGCUGGAUCCCUACGACUCAACCUGGGGCUGUUUUCUACAAAGUCACUUGUGGAAGCUAAUGCAGAGCAGGCGGUGGAAGUGAGGACUCAGGUACAGCAGCCUGCUGAUGAGAACUGGGACCCCAGUGGGACAGGCCAGACAUGGCCCUGUGAGAGCAGUCGCUCCCACACCACCAUUGCCAAGUAUGCCCAGUACCAGGCCUCCAGCUUCCAAGAAAGUCUGCAGGAGGAGAAAGGCAGUGAUGACGAGGAUGAUGAAGACGAGAAGGAGAAGAAGCCAUCAAACAAUUUUGAUAAUCUACUAAUCAAGGACAGCUCUAAAGAAAGCAGCAGUGGUGAGCAGAAACAAGUGGGGAAGAUAAUUAAGUUUGGAACAAACAUUGACCUCUCAGAUCCCAAGAGGUGGAAGCCCCAGCUUCAGGAGUUGCAGAAGCUGCCAGCAUUUAUGCGUGUUGCAUCCAGUGGAAACAUGCUGAGCCAUGUUGGACACACCAUCCUAGGCAUGAACACUGUCCAGCUCUACAUGAAAGUUCCAGGGAGCCGAACGCCAGGUCACCAGGAGAACAAUAACUUUUGCUCGGUGAAUAUCAACAUUGGCCCCGGAGACUGUGAGUGGUUCUCUGUCCAUGAGAACUACUGGCACGCCAUCAGUGACUUCUGUGAAAAGCAUGGAGUGGACUACCUGACAGGGUCCUGGUGGCCAGUGUUGGAGGACCUCUACAAAGCCAACAUCCCGGUGUACCGCUUCAUUCAGCGGCCUGGAGAUUUGGUGUGGAUAAACGCUGGAACUGUUCACUGGGUUCAGGCCGUUGGCUGGUGCAACAACAUCGCAUGGAAUGUCGGUCCUUUGAAUGCUUACCAGUACCAGCUGGCCCUUGAGAGGUUUGAGUGGAACGAAGUGAAGAAGGUGAAAUCCAUAGUCCCCAUGAUUCAUGUGUCCUGGAACGUGGCCCGCACUGUCAAGGUCACUGACCCAGACACCUUCAAGUUGGUCAAACACUGCCUGCUGCAGUCCAUGAAGCACAUCCAGAUCCUGCGGGACCAACUGGUGGCUAACGGGAAGAAGUUAUCUUAUCAGAGCCGAGUCAAGGACGAGCCUGCCUACUACUGCAAUGAGUGUGACUUGGAGGUGUUCAAUUUGUUGUUUGUGACAAGUGAGAGCAACAGCAGGAAGACAUAUGUGGUUCACUGUGAGGACUGCGCACGUCAGCGUAGCCCCAACCUGACCAACGUAGUGGUGCUGGAGCAGUACCGCAUAGAGGAGCUCAUGAACACAUAUGACUCAUUCAAUCUGGCCUCCUCCCGGUGACAGAGCUCCCCUUCUGCAUCUCCUCAGCCAUAACCAAAACUCCUGCAAGCCAGGACAAAAGACACAGUUUCACUUUGGUUUUCAACUUAACUUUUCAUUAUUUAAAAUCAUUUUUGCUACUACUGCUAACACUUGCCGAACAGCCAGUUGAAUACGUUUACUCAUUACUGUUUACAAAAAGAAAUACCAAGCCACCAAUAACCCGUUUACUCUCAGAUGGUGCUUUUAACCAGACACCCACACGGGGGCAGUUGGUGCUGCCAUUGAACAAAGUGCAGAAGGUUCAUGGUGGUUUCAAUGGUGCGUUUGUUUCAAUACCAGAGAACUUGUUCCUGUUGUUGUGGUCUUGAAUACUGAGAUUUGUACAUGCUGUUUGCAAUUUUCGUGGGGUGCUGUCUUUAAAAAAAAAAUAAUUUAUUGGUUUGUUUUUUCUAAACUAGAUCAACCUAGAUAUAUACCACAUUGGCCUUGUAUUUAGAAAAGAGAGAAAAUGAAAAAUACUAAUAAUAGAGAUAUGAACAUUUUUCUAGAGCAUUAAGAAUUUUAAAAAAUACAAAUGUUUGGAAUGCUCCAAAAUACGGGUUUUAACUUCUUUGGUUGUUUUGGGGGGGAUUUUACUUUGUCUUUCAAUUUCUUGUAUGUGUUGUAAAUCUUGUGUUUGUAUGAAUUAUACUUUAAUUUCCUCUGGAGAUUAUUAUUAAGUUGUCACUCAUCAUCAGGUCUUUUUGUUCAUUUCUUCCAUCUCUGUAUGGAGUAUCUCUUUAAAAAAGAAAGAAAAAAAUCAUUGCCAUCUGGUGUUUGUGUGUUGUACCUCUGAUUGUUUUGUUCGAUUAUGCAGACUUAGUAUUUCCUGGAGUUUUUUUUUGCAUUGUACAUUUAAUUUAAAAUGUUUCUUCUAUUUAUUGGAUAUCAAUGGUCUCCCUUUUUUAAAAGGGCUGUACAAGUUUGCGAUUUUUUUUUUUCCUCUUUAUUUUUUUAUAGUAAGCGAUUGCUCUGUAAGAACUGAAAUUUGGGGUUGUGUGUCCACGGGAGUGGAGGCUGCUGUUUCUCUGGUGCUCGCCUCUCAUGACUCCUGCCUUUUUCUUCUGAUAUAUAUUAAAUGAUAUCUUUAUCUUGAAUAUAACACCACAUUUCCUGUAGACAAUAGGCACACUGCUCACGUAGAGAAGAUGACUAAUGGAAUGCUGUGUUUGUAUGCUUGUUAAGGAAAAAAACUGUUUCCAAAGUGUUUCGAGAAAUGGUCAUUUUUUUUAUUAUGUAGGGGCUUUUAGACGAGAUUUUAAUGAUUUUAUGAUAUUAUCUGUUGAAUAUGAUAAUGGGAUAGAUGGUGCUAAAUGUUCUCUUUGAACAACUUCUUUUUCUCUUUAUCUUCUUAAAAUGAGAAUUCUAUUUUUCCUGUUGCAAUAUUACCUUAUCCUUUUUCUUCUCUUUGUGGUCAUUUAUUUAUAACUGCACUGUUUAGAGAAUUCACACAGACAUUCUUGCAGACACACACACAACCAACUGAGCCAGACGUCUUAAACACUUGUGAAUUUGUGUGACAUUACUAUUAUUAAUAAAAACUUUUU